AUUUCGCCCAAUACACCACCUGGCCACACUGCUACCUCCCCGCAACAACAACAACAAAGCGUAACACAGGAAAAAAGAGCAAAAUAGAACCAGAGCCACCCAAUAUUUAUAUUAGAAUUUCACUUUCCGGCCGCGAAGUGCGCGCUUUUACUGCGAUUAUUUUGCUGCUGCUCCACGCACACACACGCACACGGUGAUUGCGCAAUUCCAGUGGAACGAGUGUGCUGGUGUGCGGUGUGUGUGUGUAAACAACAGCGGGACGGAGACGAAACAACGGGAAUUGAUUUGGAACGAGUGGAGCUUUUGAUGGGCAACUCGCAACCGCGGAACGCGAGCAGAAGCAGAAGGACACCGCAGUGGCCACAGGGAGCGGCGGAACCAGGCGCCACCACCGAUCACCGCGAGGAGGACGAGCAGCAGGCGCAGCAGCAACAGGAGCAGGAGCAGGCCAACCUGAGGAGAGCCCAGCUCCAGGCCCAGGCCCACCAGUCCCAGCCAGAUCCUCCAGGCGAGGAGGAGCCGCGCGCACCAUCGCAGCAGCAACAGCUCUCCACCUGGAGUCUCGGCAGCCUUAGCGGAGGACGACUCAACUGGAGCUUCUCCGGAGCCCGCAACUCAUUUCGUCAUCGCAACAAGGCGACGCGGAAGAGCUUGACGUCGCUUCACGGCUCUCGCCGAGGCAAGACCCAGUGGCACAGGCCUCUGACCAACUCCAUCUUCAACUCGCACUUCAAGGAGUCCAGCCGGAACGAUCUGUACCAAAUCGAGCACCUGGUGGCCAAGGGAGCAUUCGGCGUGGUCUUCAAGGUGUGCUCCAAGAGCAACAACAGCGAGUGCUACGCCCUGAAGGUGCUGAAGAAAUCAAAGCUCAUCCAGGACAACAGCGUGCGGCAGAUCAAGGACGAGGCCGACAUUCAGAAGGUUUGCGGCCACCAUCCGUUUAUCGUGAAGCAAAUUGACCUGUGGCAGAACCGCCACAACCUCCACAUUCUAUCGGAGUACGUACCUAACGGCGAGUUGUUCUCAAAAAUAACACACUUCUCCAUUGAUCUGGUUCGACUGUAUGUUGGCGAAAUAGCACUUGCUCUGGACUUUCUGCACAACGCCGGGAUUAUAUACCGCGAUGCCAAGCCGGAGAACAUCUUGCUAACGCAACAGUUUCACGUAAAGCUGACCGACUUCGGCCUUAGCAAGUGGCUCAAACUGGGGGCCAACACGCGCACCAUGUGUGGCACUUUCAAAUACAUGGCCCCCGAGAUUCUGUGCGGCGAACCCUACGGCCAUGCGGUGGACUGGUGGGCCUUGGGCGUCAUAGCCUGUCAGAUGCUGACACAGAAGUCGCCAAACAUUAAGCGUCACCUGCUGCGACGCCGCCGGGAAAGUGUGGGGCCGGAGGACGGCCUGUCCAACGCCCCCUCCAUCGCCCAGAUCAAUGGUUGUCUGCAGGACAGUGACGGGGACGGCGAGGACUUCCUGCCGGUGGAGCUGCAAGACCUCUCCCACGAGGGCAGGGAUGUGCUCCGCAAGCUGCUCACCAUCGAGCCACGUCAGCGAAUCCGCAGCGUGAUGGCGCUCCAGAGGAUUGCCCUGUACAAGGGCUAUAACCUGAGCUCCAAGCAGCUUCUGAGCCUCUCUCCGCGAGACAUCAUAGCAAGGGAUGGCAUCCGGAUCUACGAGGACAGACAGUUCGACCAGGAAACCAGCCAGUGUGCCAUCAAUGCCUUUCUGGACUUCUAGCGCCUGCUUCGAGAGAGUCAUCCACACAAGGUCGCGAUAUCCAGCCCUAUUUCGGUAUUAUUGAAAUUGUAUCUUUCCAUUAUACUCUCGACUCGAUUAGCUAAUGCCUUUUUUGAAAGUAUAGUUCAUGCUGUCUAUUUCCUAAGAGAGAACAAACAAUUCCAUAAUUGUUAAAGUAAUUGUAGCAUAAAUUUAUAUAUUUUGUUGUGUGAAUUUUACAACCUGAAAUCGUAAUAUAUCCAAGGGUAACAGUGAUAAAACUUAAAACAAAAAAAAGUAAAUACAAUUUAUAAACUUAUUUUUUUAUUUUGUGCCAACACUGUUGAUUUUGCAUUAUAUUUUCGAGCUCGAGAAGUAAUUUUACAGACUGGUUACCGUUGUGAUGUCCAGCAUGCCAAAAUUUUCAAUUGUAUGAGCCUUGGAAUAAUAAAGAAGAUUAAA